AUGACCUCGGCAUUCACUCUUUCCUUGCUGCUCAGUCAUUCUUUUUUCCAGAUCUGUUUAGAUCUAGUCAUUCUUUUGAACAUGGCUCCUCUUUGGCCAUGGCUGGGCGCUGCCCUUGCAGCUUUGCCAGUGGCUCUGGCUGCACACGGCGACCCUAUUGCGCAGAAAUACAUUGUCGAGUUUGCUAACUCGAACACUUCAUCGGCUAGCUUCCUCACGACCCUCGAGGACCAUGGCAUCCAUGCCAGUCUCAACCACGACCUCUCAUUCGAUCUUUUCCACGGUGGCUCCUUCACCCUGCUGGAUGACGAGAAUGAGGCUGCCAUCGUCAAGCAGAUCUCUUCGCUGUCUGGGGUGAAGAACGUCUCCCCCGUCCGUGAGAUGCACCACCCUCAGCGAGAGGCGUCGAGUGUUGCCCACGGCGCGCCCGUCCGCCGUGAUCUCUCCCACGGCCUCCAGCGUCGCGGUCCGUCUGCUCACGGAGAUAAUGACUACCCUCACAUCAUGACCGGUGUUGACAAGCUCCGCAGGGAGGGCUACACAGGAAGCGGUAUCCGUGUGGCUGUGGUGGACUCUGGCGUUGACUACAAGCAUCCUGCACUCGGAGGUUGCUUUGGCAAGGGCUGUCUAGUUGAAUAUGGUUGGAAUUUCCUCACAAACACCUCGGAUCCAUGGGAAGGCCAGGCUGGCCACGGAACCCACGUCUCUGGACUCAUUGCUGCUCAGCCUAACCCCUACGGAUUCACUGGUGUUGCCCCAAAUGUGACGCUGGGUCAUUACAAGAUCCUCGGACAGCAAACCGUCCGGUAUGAAAGUGACAUCAUCACAGUCGCUUUCAAGAGGGCGUACGAGGACAAGACCGACAUCAUUUCUGCAUCCUUCGGUACCUACAAUGGCUGGAGCGACGAGCCCAUUGGACAAUUGGUCGCGAGACUAGCUGACGCCGGACUUCCCGUUUUCAUUGCCGAUGGCAAUGAUGGAAGCUUUGGCUUGUUCUUGGCUUCGAACAGCAUCGAUACCCCAGGCAGUGGAAUUGGAAUCGGAUCCGUCAACAACAAGUACAGCCCUCUGCUUCUGAGCGGAGCAACCUACUCGACACAGAACACCACCAAGCCAUUCGGCUGGCAACUUGCAGGCACCUCCGACUUCAAGAAUGGCACUUACACCCUUUACCCAAGCAGCUUGAACACCUCUGUUGUUGGUGACUCCUGCGAGCCCUGGACAGAUGACCACCCCGAUCUCUCUGACAAGAUUGUUCUGAUCCGCUACGGUGGCUGCAAGAGCAGCCAGCAGCAGGCCAAUGCCGUUAAGGCUGGUGCUAAGAAUGUCCUCAUCUACCUCAACGAGCCCGGUACCUACGAGCUGAGUGUUCAGGACGCUAACCUCACUGGCGUGGGUAUGGUUUCUGCUCAGACUGGUGAGAAAUUGGUUAACCUUGCUGCCUCCGGAGCUGAAAUCAAACUCAACAUGAUCAGCGAGAAGUUUGCCAAAACGAUCUUCAUCAACGAGACCAACCCUCAAUCCGGCGGCCAGCUCAGUGAAUUCAGCCAGUGGGGUCCCAGCAACGAGCUCCUCCCCGUGACAGCUGUUUCCGCACCCGGUGGAUUCAUGCUGUCGACUUGGCCUGUUCCUGCUGGUAGCUACGCCAUUGAGAGCGGUACCUCGAUGGCGACUCCGUACGUUGCUGGUUGCGUUGCUCUCCUGAUGGAGGCUCGCGGCAAGGGCAACCUGACCCCCAACGAGCUCAGAUCUCUGCUUUCCACCACUGGUAAGCCCAAUGUCUUCCAUGACGGUGUCACUGCGUCGUCGCUCCUGGGAUCCGUGGCGCAGCAGGGUGGUGGAAUGAUCGAUGCCUACAAGUUGGUGCACGCAACCACUAGCUUCAACGUCAGCACCAUUGCCUUCAACGACACCCAGCACAUUGCUCCGGCCUACAUCCGCAUCAGCAACAACGCCUCCUCUUCGCGCGUUUACUCUGUCGGACACGUCGGCGCCGCCACCGUGUACACCUUGACUGGCAACAGCUCCAUCCCCAAGGAGAACAAGCUCGGAAACUUCACCGAGCACGUCCCCGAGGGAGCCUCUCUUCAGCUCAGCUCAUCCAGCAUCAGUGUUCCAGCCGGUGGAUCCGCCGUGCUCAAGGUCACCGCCACUCCACCCAAGGGUCUUGACUUCCGCCGCAUUCCCGUGUACAGCGGAUACGUCACCUUCAACGGAACCAGCUCCGAUGACUCUUUCUCCGUCCCAUACCUGGGUGUUGCUGCUGCGAUGCGCAACGUGACUAUCCUGGACACCACGGAAGGCAGCAACAUGAUCAUCGACAGCGUUACCGAGAAGCCCAUUAAGGCCAAUGAGCAACUUGUCUUCCCAGGCGAGAACGACGCUUACGAUAGAGCGAACACCAGCUACCCCAUCUUCCAGACGAAGCUGUCUAUGGGCACGAAUCUGCUUCUUGUUGGCGUGAAGGCUGCUAACAGCAGCACUGUCCUGCCAGUUAUGGAGCCUCAGACCGCUCUCGCUCGGACAACUCAGAUUGGUAUCUCUGGUCCCAAUACAUUUUCCUUUAUGGGCCAGUUGGCCAAUGGCUCAUACGUCCCUGAGGGUGAUUACACCAUGGUUGUUCGUGCGCUGAAGAUCUUUGGUGAUCGUAAGAACCCGAGGGAUUAUGACACUGUGCGAACAGUCAACUUUGGAUUUACAUAUGCGGCCCCUGCUAACUGA